CGGGUUACUCACGGUUUUAAACACAGCUCACUUGGCUCAGAAUCAGCUGAACUUCCAAAACGUGAUUUUUAAAGUUUAUCCAGAAGAAAUCCAGUCAAAACUGAGAUGACACUCCUGUUGUUUAAAGAUGCUUUCUGGGGGGCAGAUUUGACUUGUCACGCUGGGUAUGACACUGUGAUCCAAAGGUUACGAGAUGGAAGGCAAAUGUGCAAAGAUGUGGAGGAGCUGUUAAAGAUGAGGGCACUAGCAGAAGAGAGGUACGGGAAGGAGCUGGUGACCAUCGCUCGAAAAGCUGGAGGACACGCAGAGAUUAGCACCUUGAGAGCGUCAUUCGACCAAUUAAAAAUACAAAUUGAGACCAUCGGGCACUUUCACAUGCAACUUUCAGAUAUAUUGAAAGAGGAGGUGAAAAAGAUCGAGUCAUUCAGAGAACGUCAGAAAGAGCAGCGGAAGAAGUUUGAAAGCAUCAUGGAGAAGGUUCACAAGAAAAAGAUGUCCUCGUUCAAGAAGACCAUGGAGUCGAAGAGGAACUAUGAGCUAAAAGGCAAGGAAGCUGAUGAGGCCGACCAGGGCGCUGAAAAAACUACACCCACAUCCAAAAACUCAGAAAAGGUACGUCACAGGGCCAAGCAAUGCAGGCAGAUAGCCAACGAAGCAGAGAAGCUGUACUUCAACAACGUCAUGCAGCUAGAAACUGAUCGCCAGGACUGGGAAGAAACCCACAAAAGCACAUGUGAGGUGUUCCAGCAGAUGGAGGGAGAUAGAAUCAGCGUGCUCAGGUGUGCUCUGUGGGACCACUGCAAUCACUUCUCCAUGCAGUGUGUCAAAGAUGAUGAGUUUUACGAGGAAGUGAGGAAGCUUCUGGAACAGUGUGACAUCACGACGGACAACAACUGUUUCAUAGAGACAAAAGGAACAAGUUCGAGGCCUCCAGAGCCCAUCGUGUUUGAGAGAUACUUUCCGACGGAGAGGACCGAAAACAGCAAUGGCCAAGCACUUAUCACAAGAGGUGGAGAGGACGUGAUGAGGAGAACCCCUGAGUCGCCUCUGGGAAGCUUUGUGAACAUCGGCACGGACAGUCCUCUGAACUCACCAUCACUGACAUCUGUUGGUGAGUUUGAGUUUUCAGGUGGAGGAUAUGCACCUCUAACAGGACUCCAGCAAGACACAUCACUGGCCACGUUUACAGCUGAUGAAGAGAGCUACAUUGUGCUUUAUGCAUACACUGGACAGGAGGACGAUGAACUGUCUGUAGGCAGAGGGGACGUGGUCCGAGUGUUGGAGCGAGGAGGAGAUGGUUGGUGGACCGUGGAGAGGGACAGGGAGACUGGACUGGUGCCAGGGAACUACCUGGGCAAAAUCUGAAAAACACACACACACACGUUUGUACAGCUAUCUUAGCGAGGACACUCAUUGGCAUAAUACAUUUGCCAGCCCCUUACCCUAACCAUCCAAACUAAAUGCCUA